GCCAUACAUCCAUUUUUCGUACGCAUGCGUGCGGCUGUUGCAUUGUUGAAGUUGUCUCAGACGUUAUUGUAAAACAUGUCAGAAAAAGGAGAGGUGGAUUUAACCGGUGCCAAGCAGAACACGGGCGUGUGGCUUGUAAAGGUACCCAAAUACCUUUCUCAGCAAUGGGCAAAAGCAACAGGCAGAGGAGAAGUCGGAAAGCUCCGAAUCUGCAAGAAAGGAAAUCAAGGAAAACCAGAGGUGUCUUUUACUUUGAAUGAAGAGCUAACUGUAAUCGAUGGUAUCGAGGAUAAGAACGUGUGUGCACCACGCGAACACCCGUUCACCAUGCAGUCAGUGGGCGGUCAGAUGUUGGCAGUCUUCACAGAGACUUCAUCGGGCCAGUCAGAAGAGAGAUCUGAUGGCAGCAGCUCAGGUUCGGGGGCAGGGACAGGUCCAGAUAAAAUAGCCUUGGAGGGAGUAGUAGUGCAGAGAGCAGAAUGCAGACCAGCUGUCAGUGAAAGCUAUAUGAGGCUGAAGAGGUUACAAAUUGAAGAGUCCUCCAAACCUGCCAGGCUGUCUCAACAGUUAGAAAAAGCUGUUACCAGCAACUACAAACCUGUGGCCAACCAUGAUUACAAUCGUGAGUAUGAGAGGAAGAAGAAGGAGGAGGGCAAGAGAGCACGAGCUGACAAACAGCAGGUGUUGGACAUGUUGUUUUCUGCUUUUGAGAAGCACCAGUACUACAACAUCAAAGACCUGGUGGAUAUCACCAAACAGCCUGUGAUUUACUUGAAGGAAAUCUUGCGUGAUAUUGGCAUCUACAAUGUGAAGGGAACACACAAGAACACCUGGGAGCUCAAGCCAGAGUACAGGCAUUACCAAGGCGAGGAAAAGACUGACGAAUAGUUCUUAAAACCUAAGGUGGGAGGUUGGGAGGAGGUUCCUCCCAGAUCAGAGCUUGGUUGGACCUGGUGUCUUUACAUCAGGUCUGAAGAUGCACUGGAUGAUGUGGUGGAGUUUUAUAGUUCUGUGUCAUUCUGUAGGAGACAAAAAGGAGUACCAUGGAAAAAAAUCUGAGGUUAUACACUGAAACAUACACCACCUUUUUCAGUCACAGCUUCAGCGUCAGUGUUUUAUGAAGAUGUAUGACUUGUGGUUCAAAGCAGUGGAUCUUUUUUUUUUAUGUUUUGUAUAUCCAGAAUCAUGGGGUUUAAUGUGUAGUGGGUAAACUUUUAGAAGACCACUGGUGUUGCUCCCACCACCAAAUAAAUGUGACCUCUUUAGCAAGUCACUUUACUUCAUUAAAAUGUAGCUCAUCAAUUUUCUAAAAGACAAAUUUGGUUAUCCUUUGCUCCAGGUGACUUCUCACUAAACCACCUUCUGUAUAAUUUUAGGUUUUAAAUUUGACUUAUGCAAUAAAGCUUUUU